AUGGCCGAACGCUCGAUGUUUGUUUAUAAGCACAUGACAACAGACUUCUUGACCCUUCCUGUUAAAGAAGAAUUGCCAUUGGAAUCAACCAAGAGAGUUCUGAGAAAUGCACUGCAAGGGCUUUCUGCAUUGCAUGAGAAUUACAUAGUGCAUAAUGAUAUCAAGGCAAACAACAUUCUUGUAAAUCAAAAUGAUGAUGGCACAAUAACAGAUGUACAGCUAAGUGACAUUGAAGAUGCUGCAAUUGUUCCUCAAGGCAGUGAGAUCGCAGGUCGACAGCUGGGCAAUUGGAUGUGGCGUAGUCCAGAAUCUCACGCCGAGGGACCUAUGAACACGCCCUCUGAUAUCUUCUCCUUUGCAAUCGUGUGCAUAUACGCCGUUCAUAGACGGCUUAUCUUCUCAGUUGAGGAGAGUGAACUUGGCGAAGGCGAAGAAAUUUUGGCCCACGUUAUUGAGAGGCAGAUAUCAUACUUCGCAGACGCGGAUAGUAUACAGGAAUUCCUGAAACACAUUCGUGAAAGUCCCUGGGCCGAGAUCUUCCAGGUCACUCGGGACGGUUUCAACAAGGAGAAUCCUCGAAAGCCAUUUGCUCUAUGGAAGGGCGUUGAUCCGGUAUUCAAGGAUUUGAUCUGUCGGAUGACGCAUUUUAAUCCUAGGAAGAGAAUCACUGCGCGUGAAGCAUUGGCACAUGAGUGGUUCAAGGGUAUAUAG